AUGACAUGGCUGGGACCGUGGCUUGGGUGGCGCAGAGGCAGCUGGGACGAAAACUGGAUCGGGUCGGACGUGUGGGACCCUUUCGGGUUCGGUUCGUCCAGCGAACGCCGCGACGACACCGCUGCUCUCGCUGGCGCCCACGUAGACUGGCGUGAAACCGACAACUUCCACAUCUUUCGUGCUGACGUUCCCGGGGUGAGAAAGGAGGAAGUAAAGGUACACGUGGAGGACGGUAACAUACUCCAGAUCGACACGUGGCACCGAGUCGAGAGGCGGCGCGGCAGCUUCGUAAGGCGGUUCCGGCUGCCGGACAACGCCAACCUCGACGACAUCAAGUGCAGCCUCGAGGACGGAGUGCUCAGCGUCAUGGUUCCCAAGAAGGAAACUGAUCAGGAAACUCGCGGCAAUGUUAGGCACAUAGAUAUAGAUUGA